CUCUCUCUCUCUCUCUCUGUCUGUCUCUAUGUCUCUCUAUCUUAAUGUAAAGUGGUUGUGGGAUCUGGACACUGUUGUCAGUGUGGGCUGCUGAUUAUACUGAAACCAAACCGUUGAUCAUCGACCUGCUCUGAAAUAAUGAGAGUGCAGAGGAAGCGAAACCUUCUUCCUCUUCAUUUCUAUUCCUCCGUGUUUCUCCCACAGGUUUCUGGAGAACUCUCUGCUCAGCGCUGAGGUGAAAGACGGAGAGAUUCUUCCUCCGACCAUCCAGAAGCUGAUGAAAGGAUACAACAAAUACCUCCGGCCUUUCUUUGACAAUGGUCCCGUCACGGUGGGCAUGAGUUUAGACAUCGCCAGCAUUGAUACGAUAUCAGAGAUCAACAUGGAUUACACGGCCACGAUCUUCCUCCGUCAGCGCUGGACGGACGAGCGGCUGGUGUUUGAUGGGAAUAAGAGCUUGAGUCUGGACGGGCGACUGGUGGAGCUGCUGUGGGUCCCAGACACCUUCAUAGUGGACUCCAAGAAGUCCUUCCUCCACGACAUCACUGUGGAGAACCGACUGAUCCGGAUCUUUCCCAACGGAACCGUUCUCUAUGCGCUCCGGAUCACCACGACUGUGGCCUGUAACAUGGAUCUGACCAAAUAUCCCAUGGACAAACAGACGUGCACCUUACAACUGGAGAGCUGGGGUUAUAACGUGAAUGACGUGAUGUUUUACUGGGCGCGUGGGAACGACUCUGUGAGCGGUUUGGACACGCUGAGACUGGCUCAGUACACCAUAGAGGAUCAUUACACCUCAGAAUCUGAGGCCGUCUAUGAGACCGGAAAUUAUCCCAAGCUGAUCUUUCAUUUCGAGCUGAAGAGGAGCAUCCUGUACUUCAUCCUGGAGACGUAUGUGCCGUCCAGUCUGCUGGUGGUGCUGUCCUGGGUCUCUUUCUGGAUCAGCCAAUCGUCCGUCCCCGCUCGCAUCUGCAUAGGUGUGACGACUGUCCUGACGAUGACCACACUGAUGAUGGGUGCACGGACGUCUCUGCCCAACGCCAACUGCUUCAUCAAGGCCAUCGACGUGUACCUGGGCAUCUGCUUCAGCUUCAUCUUUGGAGCGCUGAUAGAGUACGCUGUGGCACACUUCUGCACGCUACAUCACCCAGACUGCAACAGCGCACUAAUGUACGGUCAUCACAUGCACGAGUGUGAGGAGGAGAUGAAUGGCAUUGUCACCACCAUCGCCAGCAACUCUUUACGGCUAAAGCGGCGCAAAGAAUCUCCUGCACCCACACCCCCCGCCGGCGGAGAGCCUGACCUCGCACCCUCCAGCCCGACCCCCAGCGAACCCAAGACUGCCGAGGCCCCAGCUGAGCUCUUUAGCCGCUGUGCCAAAAACAUCUCCGUCCUGAGGAAGAUCCUGAAAUCCAUUAACUGCUGUCAUGUGGAAAACCCACAUUAUAUAGACAACUACUCAAGGUUAACCUUCCCGCUGUCAUUCGUCAUCGUUAAUCUGCUCUACUGGACCUACUACCUGUACUUUUAACCAGCACAUCAUGUUGAAUCAUUUCUGUGUGCUAGUAAGUAUGAUAUUAUACGUAUGCGCAUGUCUCUGGAAGACCAGAAUCAACAGAGAAGGAGAAUUAUUAGGGUUGUACCGAUAUCAAAUCUUUCAGCCAAUAACUGUAGCCGAUAUUUGAUAUUUGCCAAUACUGAGAGGGAUCAUUCAGAAUAAUAUCUGCCGAUACCAAUAGUGAUUAUUCAGAAUAAUAUCUACAGAAAUCAAUUAUUCAGAAUAAUUUCUGCCGAUACCAAUAGUGAUUAUUCAGAAUAAUAUCUGCCGAUACCAAUUAUUCAGAAUAAUAUCUACAGAAACCAAUUAUUCAGAAUAAUAUCUGCCGAUACCAAUUAUUCAGAAUAAUAUCUGCCGAUACCAAUAGUGAUUAUUCAGAAUAAUAUCUACAGAAACCAAUUAUUCAGAUUAAUAUCUGCCGAUACCAAUAGUGAUUAUUCAGAAUAAUAUCUACAGAAACCAAUUAUUCAGAUUAAUAUCUGCCGAUACCAAUAGUGAUUAUUCAGAAUAAUAUCAACAGAAACCAAUUAUUCAGAUUAAUAUCUGCCGAUACCAAUAGUGAUUAUUCAGAAUAAUAUCUACAGAAACCAAUUAUUCAGAUUAAUAUCUGCCGAUACCAAUAGUGAUUAUUCAGAAUAAUAUCUACAGAAACCAAUUAUUCAGAUUAAUAUCUGCCGAUACCAAUAGUGAUUAUUCAGAAUAAUAUCUACAGAAACCAAUUAUUCAGAUUAAUAUCUGCCGAUACCAAUAGUGAUUAUUCAGAAUAAUAUCUACAGAAACCAAAUAGUCAGAAUAAUAUCUGCCGAUAACGAUAGUGAUUAUUAAAAAAUAUAUAUCUGCCAGUACAGAGUGCCGAUUAUUCAUAAUGACAUCUGCCGAUACCAAUAGUGAUUAUUCCGAAUAAUAUCUGCAAAUAACGAUUGCUGAUUAUUCAGAAUGAUAUGUGUUGAUACCAAUUAUUCAUAAUAAUAUGUACCGAUAUUAUUAUGCAGAAUAACUGCCGAUAUCGGUAGCAGAUUAUUUAGAUUGAUAUCUGCCGAUACCUAUAGCAGAUUAUUCACCAUGAUCUCUUCCUAUAUGAUUAUUCAGAAUAUCUGCCGAUACUAAUAGCAGAUUAUUCAGAAUGUUACAUUCCGAUACGAUUAUUUAGAAUUAUAUCUAAUGCAAUGCAACUAACAGAUACAGAUACUGACAGCCAAUUAUAUCUGCUGAUACCGAUACAAAUACUGAUACCGAUUAUUCAGAAUGAUAUCUGAUGACACUACAGAUCUAUAAUUAUAAUUUGUGCUAUAAUCUCCAUUACUACAUUUAUCAUAUUGCUUACAAUGGCAGUAAACAGAGCAGCACACAAAAGAAGAAAUGUCAAUUUUUUGAAUUAUUCACUAAAUCCCUGUUAUUGUCAUUCUUGCAGUGGAUUACUUUUCUAGGUGUAUAAAACUAGGAACAUAAUUCCUGUGAGUCGCUUAUUCUGCAUGGAAAAUGUCCUGUCUGUUUAUUGUGUAAAUUUGGAGUGUUUACCAGCUUUUAAUGUGCUACAGAUGCCGUUGACAAAGAUUACCUUGCAUUGAACACAACCUGUAAAAUAGAGAGGAGACAUGUUAAGUAUAUGUAGUGCCUCAUAUAUGCAUCUCACUAAUAGAGUCCACAUCAGGUUUGGCGUUUGUUGUUGCUGAUGGUGGAUAUUUGACCCUGGAUCUCCACAGUGAUUACCAUGAUUAAAUCCUCUGAGUAACUAAAGAUAAACUGAGGAAAAUGCAUGUGAAUUUCAUAAUCAGAUUACUGGAAAUCUAAGAAAAUGUGGCUGAGGAGGAUGACCAGAGUAGACCUUAAAAUCAAUAUUAAAUCAAAAGUCAGUAAACUUUUCCAUUGAAAUCAUCUCGGCUGUUGACUAUUAGAUAUUGCUUAUCUUAAAGGGGUCAUCGGAUGUAAAAUUCACUUUUACAUGUUGUUUGAACAUAAAUGUGUGUUGGCAGUGUUUUAACACAUCCACCCUAUAAUGAUAAAAUUUAAUCAAACUUUCUGAAAUAAUGGCCAUAAUUUAAUGCUGAUAAAUGUUAUGUAAUAGAGGUUACAGCAAUAAUAACAAAUAAUGAUAUAUUUGAUAAAGAACCACCAUCGCUGGAACUUUGUUGACUUUUACAUCCCCAAAAUGCUAGCUUUUAUCACAAGAGAAAAAAACAAGGAGAAUUUUAGUAUUUGAAGGUGUGUGAAUGUGAUUGUUAGAAACUGUCAGUUUUUUCAUCAUUUAUGUGCAUUUCUGUGUGUGAGUGUUGAUCAUCAUUGGCUGGGAGUCGUUGAAACAGUACAAUGCAGUAAAAUAUUAUCAAAAGGGCCUAACAAGUUGAUAUCCUAAAGGUUUAGUUCAUUUAAAGAGGAAACCAAUGUUGUUAACUCACCCUCGCAUCCACUGAAAACCUGCAUGACUGUUCAAAUCUCAUUUCCAUUUGCAGUCAAUUCAAAUAUGACAGCAGGUUUUACAUAUUCUGUGUCUUGUCCUUGACACCAGGGCUGAAGUGAUUGGAUGAUAUCAACAACAUCGACAAUUAAAUAUUUUUGUUGUGGAAUUUGAUCUCAUGACCUAAUAUAAGGGCCUGUAAUAACACAGUUUAACCAGUGUGCUGCUGUAGUUCAUCAGUCCAAGAGAAGAAGACACUUGUGAGACGUGCAAUGUGGAAAUAUUUUACAAAACUGCAAACAAAAAAAUGCUGUAAUGUAAGAAGGCCACAAGUUUUUUUUUGCAUACUUCACAUAGGAGUAAAAAUGUAUUUAAUAUACACAAGCAGUACUGUAUUGUUAGCUGAGAGCUGCAUUUAGAUUAAUAUGUAAAUAUACACUGUGCAUUUCCUUUCCAUAACAAAAUUAAAAAUGCACAGCAAAAAAUUAAAGCCAUGAGAA